AUGGCAGUCAAGACGCAUGUUUGGAUCUCGCUCUGGUUUCUCCUCACAGCCCCAGUCAUCUUUUGGGAUGUUUCCUAUUGUUUCAUGCGACCGCGGUCGAUGGUAGGAGGAGAUCUUCACUGGAUAUGGGAGCCCUACGGGUUAUACCAAGAAAUCGACUAUGUAUAUGGCGUCGAAUCUUUGCAACGCAACGAUGGCUUUCCAAACGCCCAAUCCCUCAUGAACAUAAUCGAGACGCUUCUCAACCUUACCUACCUUUACUUUACUCAUGUGUCCGGCGCGACAGUUGCACCACUCAUUGGAUUUGCCGCUGCUACGAUGACCCUCUCGAAAACAGUACUCUAUUGGGUUCAGGAAUUCUAUUGCGGAUGGUGUGCGACUGGUCAUAACGACUUGGGGACGUUGCUGGUGUACUGGGUCUUGCCGAACGGACUUUGGAUCGUUUUCCCAAGCUUGAUUGUCUAUACCCUCGGCAAAGAUAUCGCAGCUGCACUGGGCGCGGCGCAGCAGAGAGCCAUCAAGGCUACCUUGGGCAAGAAAAACUGA